CCACAUGCAAAGGGCUUGUGGAUGGUAUCGUUCCUUGGUGUCUAGGUCACCAACACACUAAAAUGCUCCGCAAACACCCAGAGGUUGUGAGGAAAAUGCUUCAGAGCCUCUUCCAUGUUAGGAGGCGGAAAAGCUCUGGCAAGUGUGAAAGAGGAGUUGAAGCGGUGAGAAUGGCUGAAAUGAUCUACUCCAAUGUUACCUUCACUCCGCAUCCGAACCGAGACGCUGGGCUACGAAGUAACGUUAAUGAAGCAAUGGAACAUGAGGAGGAUGUCACAUACUCUGAGGUCAGAACUGGAGCUGGACAGCAGGCGAAUGCUCAGAAAGAAAGCAACCCCUCCUCUGGUAACCCCUCUGCUAAAGUGGGGUCAAAGGUUGUGACUACUGAGAAAGAAUCUGCUAGGGUCACUUUUGUGAGCCUGGUGUGUCUUUGUGUUAUACUGCUAGUCCUGUCCAUCACUCUGGGAGUCCUCUAUGCUGAGGAGGCUCGCAGUCGUGCUGCCGUUGCCCAGAUGAUGGAGAAUCUAACAGUCCGUAAAGAGCUGUUAUCCUCAGAGCUGCAACACUGUGAGAAGAACCUUACGGAGUUCAGCAACAACCUGACAGCCAUCAAAGCGAUACGAUGUGCCUCUGGCUGGGAGUUCUACAAUGGAUCAUGCUACCACUUCUCUGAAGACAUACUGAACUGGGAACAGAGUCAAUAUGCCUGCAUCCGUGAAGGAGGACACCUGGUCAUCAUAGAGAGUCAGCAGGAGCAGAACUUCAUAAGACUGAAAGUGGGAAACAUGAAUGACCAAAACAACUACUGGAUUGGAAUGACAGACAUGAAGGAGGAGGGAGUUUGGGUCUGGAUGGACAAUACACCCCUUAAUAAGAGCAUCAAGUACUGGGAUCUAAACAAUGGAACACAUGUCAGUGCCUUUCCAGAACCAAAUGACUGGAAGCCAGGUGAAGACUGUGCCCAAAUGGGUCAGCGCUGUUCUGGUCAAAUCAGUUGUUGGUUAGACAAUGCAUGUGAUAAACCAUCUAAGAGAAUCUGUGAGAGUCGUGCGGUCAGAUCAUAAUCCUUCCUUAAGGAGAAUGAUGAGAUGUAUAACCGGUACUAGACUGGAUGUUGUUGAGAAGUAAGUCACGGCCAUUUCCCAGAUGCAGAUGGGACCGUAGGCAAUGGAUUAUUGAAUGUUUUUUAGGAGAUGAAUAGGUCUGUUUUCAAGAACCAUUUCAUAUGAUUUAGAAUCCACAGUUAUUUACUACAUUUAAGCUUUUGUGAAUGGAACUGGUAUUUCUGCUGUGGUCUUGUACUCUGCCUCAAUAGUGGGACCACAUAGCUAGAUGGAUGUGACAGAUCCUACUGAAAUGAAUAGCUUUUCUAGUUAUAGCAUGUUCUUUCUGAUAUUUAUUAUUAUAGAUUGUUUUGUAUUAUUUUAAUUAAAUUACCUGAU